AUGCGGAGGGUGCACAAUCGUCCACCAGAUGUAAGGUGCACUCUGCGGAAGGCCCCUUCGAGGAAUGCCUCCCAAGAAACAAAUAGAAGCACUGAUUCUGAUUUUGUUGAUGCUCGUUCAAAGACUCGAAAGGCAGCUGCUAUCAAAAGUACCAAGCCUGUUGUUAGGGCUGCUACCAAGCCUGUUGCUAGGACCGCUACCAAGCCUGUACCCACUGCUGCUGCCGAGAAGGGAAACUAUGCCACCAUACAUUGUGCUCCCGGUUCCAUUUUUGAUAUAUUGAAUGGCAUGGACAAUGCUAUGAAGGAUAAGUUGAAGGAUUUGGGUUUUGAGAAUUUUCUUGGGUUCUCAUUUAAUGCAAUCGAAGACAGGUCGUUGGUCAUAUUCAUCAUGGACCACCUCAAGGUUGACCCUCUUCGUAUUGCUGUUGAAGGGAGGGAGUUGCCAAUCACCCCGCACGUGGUGAAAUCCGUGCUUGGCAUUCCAAAUGGCCCCAACACUCUCCCGGUUGUAUCUGGCAUAGAAAGGAAGAAUCACCAGAUUGAGCUUAGGCAUAUAUGCGAUGAAAAAGGAAUGGAGGAAUUGCACGAUGAUAGGCAAUUACAGAAACCUAACACCAGGGGUUACAGUGAUCUGAAGCCAAACGAGGUCCCUAGGUGGGUUAUAGAAUAUUUUGCAAAACAUGGAGAUGGUGACGAUUGGAGCAUCACCUGCUUCUUCAUGGCAUUGUUUGAUGGAUUGUUGUUCCCGACAACUAGCUUGUCGAUAACUGGUGACACCUAUUUUUACUGCAAGAAUAUAAAUGAUGUUUGCAAGUUUGAUCUUUGCUCGGCUGUUGUCGAUGAUCUGGCAAACAAGGUACCCAAAUGGAAGAAAUCGUCAUCAUCCAAUUCACCUUCAGUUCAGGGCUGUGUCGCACUUUUAUUGAUAUAUUACUUGGACAACCUUUUUUGUCCUUCGCACAUGCUCAUAGAUGCAAAAGAAACUACACGUGCUGCAUUGUUCAAAAAGACAAUUGUCGACAAGCUUGCAAAGGCUGGCAGGAAACAAUCCCAAGAUGACGGGACCGUCACAUAUGGCAAUCUCCCAUUUCGCAGCAAAGUAGGAACGUGCUAUGAAGAUGUGCGUGGCGAUGAUGCUCCCAGUCCCGAGGAGGUUGUGGCCCCUCCACCAAAGCGCAGUCGUGCAAAGACAAAGGAAGCUGCUGCCCCCAUCGCGCCCAGCGCCCCUAGAAUUGGCAAUGUCAAGCAGCAAAAUGAUGCCUUGAAAGCUCUGCACGAUUGUGAUAGAAGAAUUUAUACGGGGAUGGAGAAAUUUGAGCAGGGCAGCAGACUUGUAGCCGAAGGGAAACUUGAAAUCAACGAAGCACACAAGCAUGCUAUUGAUGAAAUCAAGAGGAUCUUUGGAGGCGUUGGAGCGGGAAUGUUUGGUCGUGGCGCUGAUGUAAUGCAAAAGGGUGCUGCGUCUAGUUCUACGGCACAACCAGCAGCAGCAGCAGCACCACCACCACCCCCUCCCCCUCAGGGGGACAUGAGGAUGCCCGUGGAUGAUAGCGGAAGUGGUCAGGUUGACGUGGAAAAGGAACAUGGAUCAAGCUCUGGGACACCGCCACCACCGCUGCCUACUAUUGAUAAAUUGGUGCCGGCCUUUGAUGCAACGCCCUCAUUUGAGCAGCAAAACACUCAAUCCACAUAUGGUUCUGCUGGUGUAGUUGAGCACUUGUUUGAUCGGGAGACAUGGAAUGACAAGGCAAGUUUGCUCCGUGAAAUCAGCGAAACCCCGCUUCCAACAAAUGAUGAAGGCAGAACGAUGAAACUUGCCUUUGAUGCAACGCCCUCAUUUGAGCAGCAAAACACUCAAUCCACACAUGGUUCUGCUGGUGUAGUUGAGCACUUGUUUGAUCGGGAGACAUGGAAUGACAAGGCAAGUUUGCUCCGUGAAAUCAGCGAAACCCCGCUUCCAACAAAUGAUGAAGGCAGAACGAUGAAACUUGGUGCGUGCAAGGGACAUGGAUCCAGCUCUAGGACAUCAGUUCCUCCACCACCACCACUACCACCACCACCACCACCACCACACCCUGCUGUAUGGACUUUUUUCACUCCAUGUUUAGCAAGGUUCUAA